AUGCUAGAAAUCGAUGAUGGAAGAACCUAUGCCAUCGACCAGCUGUCGAAGAGGGCAGACCUGACCUCAGCUCUUCAGUUUCACCUCGGAUGUGCACACCAUGUUACUGAAUGGGUGGAGCCUGCCUUUCGGGCGUUGAUGAAAAUACCAUUCAAAGAUAUCUCGAGGGAGAUCGCUCACCUCAUGGGACCUGACGCCUUUUACAUCCUCUCUCAAGCCCACACUGCGAUCAGAGACCACCUGAACAUCCUCGCCUUCUAUCCUUCCGAUCCUAUCGAGAGCGUCCGCUGCUUCCGGCCAGGCAGAUGCACUGAAGCCUGGGUUUCGCAGUGGUGGCAGGGAGUCGCAAAGCACCUGCUUCACCCUGACUCGGGAAAGUCAGGUAGAGAGAUCUUGGGGAUGCUGGAAGAGGUAUCGAUCCCAGGGAUGUGUCGGAAUUGUCAGAAGGAGAACGUUGACUGGGUGAAGCAGACAGGAGUGAUGACGAAGGCCGACGAGUACUUUGAGGGGGCAGUGGAGCAGAUCGUGGCAGCAUAUGGGAGCAGGGACAAGGGUAAGGCAGCAGCAACUGCUGUUGAGGAUGACGAGGCCUAG